GCCAAGAAACAGAGCUAUAAAAGGAGGUCCAAAAGGAGGGUGGAGCCUGCUGGAGUCCGAUGGUUGAGACCAGGUCUGAGGAAGUAUUCCUGUGAACUUACACUUGACACAAACACAGUCAACAGAUGGGUCAAACUGUCUGACAAUAACAGGAAGGUGACAUGUGUGGAGAAACGUCAGUCAUAUCCUGAUCAUCCAGACAGGUUUGACUACUGGAAGCAGCUGCUGUGUAGAGAUGGUCUGACUGGUCGCUGUUACUGGGAGGUCGAGAAGAGAGGAGUUGUUUAUAUAUCAGUGAGUUACAGAGGAAUCAGAAGGAGAGGAGACAGUAAUGACUGUGUGUUUGGACGGAAUGAUCAGUCCUGGAGUCUAUACUGCUCUGAUAAUGAUUACUAUGUCUGUCACAAUAACAGAAGAACAUCCUCCUCCUCCUCCUCCCCCUUCUCCUCCUCCUCCUCCUCCUCCUCCUCUGGUAGAGUAGCAGUGUAUGUGGACUGUCCUGCUGGCUCUCUGUCCUUCUACAGAGUCUCCUCUGACACACUGAUCCACCUCCACACCUUCAACACCACAUUCACUGAACCUCUUUAUCCUGGAUUUGGGUUCUGGUCUGGUUCCGGUUCCUCAGUGUCUCUGUGUUCUGUGUAGGAGGGAUAGUCUCCUCCUGUUAGAGAACAGAUAAGUUGAGUCUGUAUAGGAUCACAGUUCCAAAGAUCUUUCAGCUUUUUGUAAUAAAUUCAUCAAUGAACUUUGUAGAAAGUGAUUCAAAGUGAUUGAACAGAUUCCUCAUUUCCAAACUUAUUCCUUCCUCCUGUGGGAUUUGUGUGCCCUUGUGUGUGUGUGAGACAGAGAGAGAGACAUUAAGAGGAAUGAGGGAUUUGGGGAGGACGGUUCAGCUCCUGGUAAAAUAUUUUAAUUUCACCUGGUGAAAUAUUUUCAGGACCUGAACUGGUUAAUUUGUUUUUGAAUAUUCAUACUACAUUGUUUUCCAACAUGCUGGUUCUGGUGAAUGCCUUGCUCAAGGAACUUUUGGACAAUGGCUGCAACAGAACAAAGUGGUGCUGUGGCUUAGUUGGUUAAAGUUACCCUUUAAAGGUUCAGUGAGUAAGUUUUUGUGGCAUCUAGUCAUGAGGGUUGCAAAUUUCACCCAGUGACUCGUGGUACAUUCACUUGUUCCUCAGAAGGUCCCAUUUCCCAAGCUGUGAAGUAGUUCUUCAGACUUGUGACAGUGUGAGUUCAUGUACUCUCAAGUCGCAAUGGACGCUACUACAAAGAUGUGUUGGUUUAUCAGAGCAUAUAAACAACAGACCUCUAGUUCAAUAUGGACAGCAAACAAACAGUUAUAACCAUAUUACAAAUUACGUGUUUGCAAAACAUAUGUAUGCAUGAAUCAAAGUUCUGUAUACUUUUUGCUGUCCCGUCUAACCGAGCUCUGAUACUCCAGAAAAACCCAGGAGGAUUUUCAACAAAAAACACUUCCUUGUGUUUUUUAAACCCAAGAACACACUAAGACAGAUCCUGGUCCACCCUAAAAACUGCACACCCAAAAACAAGAAAAGCAAUCUAGUGUAUGCGGUCCAAUGUAGUGAGGAAUGCACAGACAUUUAUAUUGGCCAAACUAAACAACCACUACAAAAACGCAUGGCUCAAGGAUACUCAUUUGAGGAUCACCAGGUGCACAUUUUAGACGGACAGGAUGGAUCGUUUUACAGAGGUGUGCAUAAAGCUGCUAGGAGCUGCAGAUCCAGGUGAUCAUUCUAUGUAAGUUCAUGGGUGACCCACAAUGAGGAGACAAUCACCGAGCUCACCUAUGACAAGGUCUCGGACCAGGAUCAGGUCCGUUAGCUCAGUGGUUUCAUUCUCUGACUGUUGAGCAGCAUCAUCUGCAUAAAUAUAUCCAGUGAGAGGAAAAAGUCCAAUCAAGAAGCUAAAUGGAACGCUUCUUUUUCACCAGUGAUAGUGUUUGACUUUGGCCUUUUUAACAUGCAGUGUUGUGUGUUUGCUCUCUUUCCAGGUGAACCAGUGUCUCAGUGUUUUAAUGUCUUUGACUUUGACUUGAAAUUAUGAAUAAAUGUUUUAAAUACAUUACGGCUCUGAUGGGAAUGAUCACGCUGAGACAAUUAAUCUGCAUUGGAUUUGUCCUAUUUUAGGGGAGCCACAUUAUUAAUGUCCUUAGUUUCAAUGGAAAUAUAGUGUGUUCUGUAGAACUUGACUGGAAUCAGUGGUGGACUAAUAAAAAGGAGAUGGGCUCCUUCUAUUUCCUG